GAAAUACGCAUGCGCAAUCAGCGCGCAAAAGUGCAGCAAGGAAACGAAUGCACUUCCUCCCGCCAGUUUCUCACGAUGGACGGACUCGAUGAAGUUGCGAUUUGUACUCUAAAAGCUGCUAACAUUGGGGAAGACAUUUUACCAACUCUCACACGGGAUGAUAUCCGAGAUCUCUUUCCUGGUCCUGAGCACUUCCUGCGACGCAAAGCCAUUUGGCUUAUUAUUCAUAAGGAAGAACAGGAGCACACCAUUCCUGUUGAACCCCAAGGUUCAUCAGCUGAUGAUGAACAUAAUGGAAGUCCAAAAAGAGAUGACCCCAGCACUUCAAAGUUUUUGAAGUUACCCAGCCCAGAAUACGUUCUCUUCACUGAUAGUGAACUACAACAUGUGAGACGUGCAUACUUCGAGCAGCAACGUCUUGGAAAAGAGGGUGAAGUCACCUUAUCAAAGGAGCUCUUCUGCCGACUCAUCCGAAAUACCAUGACAAAUAUGAUAUCUAUUGCAAGAGCCUCUUCAGAUGACUACAAAUAUCCCACUAAACAUGAAGUUAUUGCCAUGGCAAAGCGGUUAGUGGAAUACUACCCUAUGAUAAAAGAUAAGUCAACUGGAUCAAGUCAUGAGUGGGACACUGUUGCCAAAAAGCUCUUGAAGCGACUUUCAAAUAUCCGAAGUCCUGUGAAGGCCAAACACCCUCCAUCCAAGAGAGCACGUCUGAAUGAAGUACUGUCUGCUGCAGUGGCAAGUGACUAUGAUGCUGAUUCCAGUGCAUCAACAGUUCAUCUGUCACCACCUUCAAGAUCAAGCACCCCACAGCAAGAAAUUGACAGCAUUGAUGAAGCAUCCGACGGUCCAGACAACAGCCUUGACAGCCAGAAAACACAGGCACGACAUUACAGGACUCUACAAGAAAUGUACAAAGCAAAGAAGCCAAACAAAGCUGCUGUAACUCAUCUAUUAGACCUGGAGUUCCAGUCCAGAAGAAAUUUCAUUGACUCAAAUGCUUUGAAGGAGCAAGACCGACCCACAAAAAUUUUACAGGCAUACCCGUGCUUCAAAGAACUGGACCAUGUAAUGGAUGAACUGCGGAGAGUCAUUGAGCCAAACAAUAGCCAAUACACUUCUGAGGUGAAAGGCAGGUGGGAGAACUUCUACUCCAAGGUUCAGUUUUAUGGCGUCAUGAAGAAAGUCAUGAAGCCUCCAAGGACAUUAAAUGGAGUUGAACAUGCCAUUGCAGUUUUUACUGCCCUGCCACUGCUCUUCCCAUCUGGCUCUGCAGCACCUAAGAAACUGGUCCCAAUCAGUGAGGCUCUUUUCCACGUCCUCACGCCCUCUGAGGAUCCUGAUACCUACAUCCACCGGCGUGUGCUUUCUAGUCCUGUCUUGCUGAUUGGUGAGCAGAACUGCAUUGUGGUUGUAGGUACAACUCCAGUUGUAACUUUUGAGAAAGAUUUGCUCUACGAGGGACCUCUCUACCUCCUGGCCUAUUACUAUGCAUUUCACCUGACAUAUCCCAAGUGUAUUGCCACACUCUUGUCUGUGUUACAAACACAAGUACUUGGAGAUGUCAUCCACGAGCAGGAUGCAACCUCCUCGUACAAGAAGGCCAUUCAUGAAUGGAAAAUGUUUGUUGAGUAAUUUCUUUUCUAAUAUGUUGUAUGGCUAAGGCAGUGAGAGCCGCAGGUUUU